CGUGGACUGGAGUCGUAUUCUUAAACCUUUGUCACAGUCCCGAGCGGAGUCUGUGGGGGACCUUCUCGAGUCCGGAGUGCCCAGGGCAUGGGAGACCCCGGAGGCCUUCCUGGGCCGGGACCCCGCCGCCAUCCCGAGGGGAAGCGGCUCGGGCGCCUAGUCUUCUUCCGAGCCUUAGUUUCCCCGUCUAUCAAAUAGAGCUCAGCAAGUUCGCGCCCCCUGUUCGUACCGAGCUCCUCGGGGGCUCAGAGUUCUCCGGCUCCGCUGCCGCUGUUUGGUGUGCGAGGAUCAGACCCCCCGGUGCUGGGGGGAAAGAGAGCAAACGGGUCCGGAUCCUUCCCGCGGGCUCAGGACUAAUAUAAAAUACAGGAAACAUGUCUCGAAGAUAUGACUCGAGGACCACUAUAUUUUCACCAGAAGGUCGUUUGUAUCAGGUAGAAUAUGCCAUGGAAGCUAUUGGACACGCAGGCACCUGCUUGGGAAUUUUAGCAAAUGAUGGUGUUUUGCUAGCUGCAGAGAGACGAAACAUCCACAAGCUUCUGGAUGAAGUCUUUUUUUCAGAGAAGAUUUACAAACUCAAUGAGGAUAUGGCUUGCAGUGUGGCAGGCAUAACUUCUGACGCAAAUGUUUUAACUAACGAACUGAGGCUCAUUGCUCAAAGGUACCUAUUACAGUAUCAAGAGCCUAUUCCUUGUGAGCAACUGGUUACAGCACUGUGUGAUAUCAAACAAGCUUAUACACAAUUUGGAGGAAAACGCCCUUUUGGUGUUUCACUGCUGUACAUUGGCUGGGAUAAACAUUAUGGCUUCCAGCUAUAUCAGAGUGACCCCAGUGGAAAUUACGGAGGCUGGAAAGCCACUUGCAUUGGGAACAAUAGUGCGGCAGCAGUGUCGAUGUUAAAGCAAGACUACAAGGAAGGCGGGAUGACUCUGAAGUCAGCCCUUGCAUUAGCAAUCAAAGUGUUAAACAAAACCAUGGAUGUUAGUAAACUUUCUGCAGAAAAAGUUGAAAUCGCAACAUUGACAAGAGAAAAUGGAAAGACGACAAUAAGAGUUUUAAAACAGAAAGAAGUAGAACAAUUGAUUAAGAAACAUGAAGAGGAAGAAGCAAAAGCAGAACGGGAGAAGAAGGAAAAAGAACAGAAAGAAAAGGAUAAAUAAAUAGAAUCUGAAAUCAGGAUUUCUUUUUAAAAUAAAUAACCUUAGGGUUCCUUUUCAGCUUAAAAAGCUGCUCUUAAAAUUCCACAAGGAAGAAGCCUCAGCCAGGUUUUUCUUAGUAUCUUCGGUGAGGAAAUAGGACAUUACUUACUGGAUGGGGUCCUUGUCAUUUCUGUGCUCCUCAGUACUUUACUGUAAUGAUGAUUAUUCCUCACGGACACCUUAUGUCUGCUUUUUGAAUAAAACUUGGAAACAA